CGGACGCACAGUAGUUGACACCAGGGGCGCCACCGCCAGAAGAAGCCUGUCAGUAGGCCGCGCUCGGAUGGCCGGAGCCGCGCGUUCCAGACGAGCGGGAAAGCAAGAUGGCCAUGUUUCUUGCCCCGAGACAGCGCACCACGAGCAAUGCGUGACCACGGAAGGGCGCUGAUGCUCACGUGAGUCGCGCGAGGCACGAUCCAGCCACCGGCCCUGCUCGGUUCCAGGGAUUGCGCCGAGCAUCACGUCCAAACCCAGAGGCAGUGCAGCUACGCGGCCGAUGAUGCCGAUGGACCUGAGGCGACGGCGACGCUCCAGCGACAAUGUAACUAAGGUUUGCGAGAUGAGAUCAUGGAGAGGCUACCUACGAGACUACUCCGUGUGCCUGGUCGCCAGCUUUCGCGGCCUGCGGAUAAUCCGGAGCCGUCCCCGGGUGGACCUCGUGAAGUCGUGCACAGCCAGCGUGGCCGACAGCUGCUUCCUGCUUUCGGAGGGGCCCCCGUGCAACAAAUCCGCGUGGGGCGCCAACAUCGAGCUGCCCAAAGGACGGCUGGCCGCGGCUUGCCUGCGCACACGCGUGGUUCCUGCAGCGUACAACUUACAGCCCAGCCACUCGCUCGAGCUAGUCCAUUGGCAUCUGAUGGAUUACCACUCAGUGGACAUCGUCGAGCUGUGCGAGUCGCACAUGUCUCCUAUUCAGUUUCCGUUCCGGAACGAGUUCCAACUGAGCCUAAAACUCAGGCCCGCCAAGCUCUGCUACCACCUGCUGGACGACUACCAGCCAAGGAAUCUGAUUGACUCACUCCCCUCCUUGAUGACCGCGCUCUACAUGCUGGACACUGGGAGCGUGCGCUUCUCGAGAGUCGUCGUUCACGAGCCAAGUGAACUGCCCCACAGUUUCUAUGUCAUGCGCGCGAUCGUCUUCCUUGAAAACAGGAGCGACGGGUCCGACGCUGUGGCGCUGAUACCUUGCUGCUCCACGCACCAUGGUCAGCGCGAGUUCCACUUCGACGAGACGAUAAAGGCAGUCAACUUCUGCUAUGUGCUGUCCCGAGUGGUAUCGCGUAGCGCGAUCAUCGUGAAGCUUAUUGUGAGCCGCUAUGCGCCGGACAGGCACAAUACCCCCCAGGUUUUCGGGGCGCUCACGGGUUCUUGGUCCAUCGGAGAUCGGUGCGAGCUGCUCGGAACGUUCGAGGUGCAGAACUUGGAGCAGAACGACGCAAACGUCCGGGGCGUAUCCAGAGCGCUGAGAGUCAGCGCGAACUUGAAGACAUCGAUGAUCACAUGCACUGCCACCUGCCAGGGCCUCCACUUGUCUGUCGCACCGGUUAUUACGCACAUUGCGACGCUCGCCAAAAUUUACAUCAGCGGCAAUUCGGUGCCCGUUGACAACUUGAAAGGGAGGGCGAUCGAGUUAAAUGCGACGCUCAAGAAGCUAACAGUCAGCCAGGCGUGUCUUCGGAGCGAUUAUCGCUUGCGGCUUGCAGAUGCCUUGUCGAUCAACUGGACGCUAAAGCUUCCGAGCCUCCGCAUGGUAAUGCAGCCAGGGCUGGGAAAUAUCUGGACGCAAGUCGGCGAGAGAGACCUGAGAAGCAACAUAGAGUUCAAUGGCUGCUACGACGCGACCAACGUCCUGAUCGGUUGUCUGCAGUGCGGCCCCAACAUCUCUCACGUCACAUUGGAACCGCACGCGUUUAUGGCCUGGUCUAAAUACCAGGAACUCAAUGGCAGAUUCUACUAUGGUACUGCCAACGUCUCCAGUCCCGUGGUUCGGAUGGGCCAUGUAAUCGACCGUUACGUAGCCGUGCUACCACCCACCAUAUUUGUCAGCUGGCACUAUCCUCUCGACGCACAGCUGGCCUCCGCCACGCUGACUUCUCGGGCCGGGACGAAGCGCAGAGUUAUCGGCAAGAGCCGCAGCCUCUGAUCCCUCAUCUUCGGCGGUUGGACGUUCGAUCACCACGUGGCGACCGCCUUAAGUGACACGCUGCGCAGGAGCAGCGCCCACGACUAUGUCACGUUCGACGCGGUGUCGCCGUCUCCCUGAUGUAGGAGCCGCGAGGCCUAGAAACAAAUUACACGCUCUUAGCCAUCAUCGACUGUAAGCAGCGCCACCCCGCACAGAACGUGUUCGGUACGCGCAACGCGGUUCGUGUUGCCGUCCGGCCUCCCAUAUGAGAUGGCGAUCCCGCUAUUGAAGAAAGCGCUCGAGAGCCUGUCGCUACUCGUUAACCUGUCCCCACUGACUGGCCUGGCCGAAGCCGAGGUGGCUGAGGUGGUGAUUCAGUGACAAUGACACCAAGGCGCGCACUUCCUGGCCCUCGCUGGUGUCGCGAGGGAAAAACUUCAGUGUUACCCAAUCAGUGGUUACCGCCUUCGCCAGUUAUAUAAACAUAAAUGGCGACGGCAGGACUCCUAUUAUGGACAUAUUAUGGACAUAUUAUGGGCUGUCGCCUGUGGUGCGACAAUAUAUUGUAACCAACAAGUGCGUCACGGCUGGCCGUUGCAAUAGUGCUAGAGAUACCGAAUUCCAGAACUAGCUGUACGCCGAGAAUCGGAAUUUUAAGUGUGUUGUUUUCGUUUUGAUACAUGCUAACCAGCGUGCGUUGGACAAAAUGUCUGUGGCAUCAGUCACUUGAGCACGGUUGGCUCGCGGCAGUGAGAAUGGCACUGGCAAUACAUGCUUGAGGGAUUUGACUUUUACUUCCGUAUUCAUUUUUUGCGCAAUUAUUCACGAGAAAGUGAUAAAACCAAAGCUUCUUGCAUGACAAGUUCAGUUAAUGGUGCUCAAGGUUCCACGGAAUUACCAUCACUUCUGUGCAGUGUUGUUUUACUCGACAGUUUAUUUUCCCGAAGUGGUUUUUGACGCUAAGUUUCAACAAAACGGUACAUAAAAUUAUGUCGCUCUUAA